AUGGCAUUCCGGAUUUUACUCUUGUUCUGUUUCGCGAUAUUCCCUGCAAUUUUCGCGCAGAUAUUCGAAGAGGGGAAGAUUAUCAUCGACACAAGCGCCAAAAUUGCUGAAACGGAUGAUCAUUACAUUUGUGCCACUAUCGAUUUGUGGCCGCCACAUAAGUGUAAUUACAACCGAUGUCCUUGGGGUUCAUCGUCAGCCAUAAAUCUCAACUUAUCUCACCCUUUCCUUAAUAAUGCUAUUAAAGCUUUCAAGAACUUGAGACUUAGAUUCGGUGGUUCUUUGCAAGAUCAAGUGGUAUAUGAUGUGGGGAAAUUAACCCCUCCUUGCCAUCCAUUUAAGAAGCAGAAGGGCGGUUUGUUCGGUUUUUCGAAAGGGUGCUUGCUCAUGAACAGAUGGGAUGAACUGAAUAAAUUUUUCAAUAGGACCGGAGUUAUCGUAACAUUCGGGCUUAAUGCUCUAUACGGGAGGCACCAUAUUCAGAACAAUGCUUGGGGAGGAAGUUGGGAUUCAAGCAAUGCUCAUGAUUUCAUUCGAUACACUCUUUCCAAGGGAUAUCACAAUCAUAUCGACUCUUGGGAAUUUGGUAACGAGUUAAGUGGCAAAGGGAUUGGAGCUAGUGUGGGAGUCGAACAAUAUGGAAAAGAUGUCGUGCGACUAAAGGAUAUGCUUAACGAGUUGUAUGCGAAUUUCUCACAGAAACAAGUGGCUCGUUUAAUGGCACCAUCGGGAUUUUUCGAUAAGAAGUGGUAUGGUGAUCUCCUUCAGAUCUCGGGACCAAAUGUUGUCGACAUUGUGUCGUAUCAUUUGUACACUCUCGGUCCAGGAAACGAUGGCAAUACGAUGAUAAAAAUCUUGAAUCCCGAUCAUUUGGAUAAAGCAUCUCUCAGAUUCAAAAAUGUUACUUCAACAAUCCAAUCGAACGGGUCUUGGGCUUCCGCAUGGGUCGGCGAGUCGGGAGGAGCCUUCAACAAUGGUGCUCCAAACAUAUCGAACACAUUUGUCGACAGCUUCUGGUACCUGGAUCAAAUUGCAAUGGCGGCUAAGUUUCAAACCAAAGUGUAUUGCAGGCAGACUUUGAUCGGCGGGUAUUACGGGCUCCUAGACAAAACUACAUUUGUUCCCAACCCUGAUUAUUACAGCGCACUUUUGUGGCACCGGCUAAUGGGAAAAGCAGUGCUUUCUGUUAACAGCAACUCGUCAAGAUAUUUGCGGGUUUACGCACAUUGUGCUAAAAAAAGACCUGGCAUAGCCGUACUUCUGAUCAACCUAAGCAACCAGACAACAUACAAUGUCGAUGUCCAAUCUGACGAGACCAAAAAACGAACUCGAGCCAAAAAAAACAACUCUAUCACGGGCAGGUUUAAACAAUCGGUCUCGUGGGUUGGAAAUAAGGCUUCAGACGAGCUGUACCGAGCGGAGUACCAGUUGACUCCCGAAAAUGGCAACCUUACGAGCCAAGUCAUGUUGCUGAACGGACAACCUCUGAAGCUAACGAAAAACGGAGACAUCCCGAGUUUGGUUCCGAGCCUCGUGAAAAUGGGUUCGAAUUUGACGAUUUCGCCUUUAUCGAUAAAAUUCGUAGUUUACCAAAACUUCUGGUCCAUUGGGUGUGAAUAA